AUGCACGGAACUCACGUUCUGCUCCCGCAGAAUAAUCACUUGCUCAGUGCGAUGACCAUUCUUCGAGAUCAAAACACGGACAACAAGGACUUCGUCACCGCUUUUGGAAAGGUAGCUGCAGAGUUGAUAGCCAGAGCCUUGGACCAUGUGCCGGUGGAGUUUCGAGAGAUCACCACUCCCACGGGAGCCAAGUAUCAAGGAGUGAGACAUGCUACAAAAGUCUGCGGUGUCAGCGUCCUCAGAGCAGGGGCCAGUUUGGAAGACGCGCUGAGGAUUGCGUACGACGGCCCGGUGAGCUUUGGCAAGGUGUUGAUACAGCGGGACGAGAAGACUUGUCUCCCAGUCCACCUGUAUUCCAAAUUUCCUUCGAGUUUUCUAGAGAGUUUCGUGUUGAUCCUCGAGCCUAUGCUCGCGACCGGAGGCUCGGUCAGCAGAGCUAUCGAGCUCGUUCUGGAACAAGGAGUUCCGCAGGAAAAGAUCCUCGUCGUGAAUGUUAUAGCUUCGGAGCAAGCUGCCAGCCUACUUUCGGAAAAGUUUCCGAGGUUGAGUCUGGUAACAGCCGCGAUUGAUCUGAAUCUGAGUCCGGAAAGGUACAUACAGCCUGGACUUGGCGACUUCGGUGAUCGAUUCUACGGAACGUAA